AUGGGAAAGUAUCAAAUGACCCCAGGUAUCCUCGAAGGAGCAAAAGGAAACUACAAAUCAGAAUGGGAUUCUGCUGAAGACCCAUCAUUGCCUGCUGUCCCUGAUUACGAAGAAAUCUUUAUCUACGAUCAGACUCCAGUUGGUCGAUCAGCGGAUACAGAGACGAACCCAGUAAAUGGAACAGUCGGUGAUUUCGAGAACCCAGAGUUUUGGGACAUGACAGGAGCUGAAGAAAUCGAUGGUGGUCGAUUAGUUGGGGGUGGUUUGCCCAGUGGACCAAGUGGUAUCGGCCCAAUCGCCAGAAUCGUCGGCGGCCAAGUCGCGCGACCAUUUUCUCAUCCUUGGCAAGUUCGAGUUCGCGCUUGCUCCGGCUUCGCUUGCACUAGAAUGUGUGGAGGAACUCUUGUUUCUUCCCAAUUCGUUGUUACCGCUGCUCAUUGUCUUCCUCCAUUUUCUCAGUCUGGAAUCAUCACUCUCGGUGCUCACGAGUACUUUGGCCCUGGAGCUGUCAAUAUUUCCAUCGCUGAAAUCUUCCCUCACCCAGGAUGGGACAAGAAGAAGCGAACAAACGACAUCGCCGUCGUCCGACUUGAACGACCAGUUUCCUUCAAUCACAAGAUCCAACCCGCUUGUCUUCCAAACAAGGACUCUUGCUUCCCCGCCGGCACUGCCUGCGUUGCCUCCGGAUGGGGCUACAUCGAAGAAGGUGGACCUCGAUCAAAUCUGCUCAGAGAAGUGGCAGUUCGACUCAUGACUACUGAUCAUUGCAACAAGCCAAAUUACUACAAUGGAAAGAUUCUCGAAGGCAUGCUUUGCGCUGGAUACAAUGAGGGACAGAGAGACGCCUGCACUGGUGACUCUGGCGGACCACUUGUGUGCCCACUUCCCAACGGCAAAUGGGUGCUCGCUGGUGCUACUUCUUGGGGAGUCGGAUGCGCUCGACACCAACGACCAGGAGUCUACACCGAUGUUCGUCAAUUCUCGGACUGGAUCGGAUCUAUCAUUCGAGAAUACCCAGACGUUGUCGGAGAUUGCCCAACAAAGGGCGUCACUGGUUUCGGAGCCGGACGAGAUUGGUCCUUCCUCGGAACAAUGCCAAAACGACCUCCAGCACAGAUGCUUUUUGAUACUUCUGAUGGACGAGGAUUGCCAAACAAGCCACCAAGUGCACCUUCCAGCGAUACCCACGAUUUGAUGGACAUGUUUGGUCAACCAGUCAAGAAAACAACCACAACUCGAGCUCCUACAACAACCAGACGAACGACAACAACAAGGCGCACAACAACAACGACGAGAAGAACGACCACAAAGGCAGCCGUUGUUGAUGACUACAACAUCCUCAGCGACUUCGAUGAGCGAUUGAAAGCUUGUGACGGAUUGAAAAAGAAAGCCAAGAAGAAGUGCAUCAAAAAACUCGCCAAGAAAAUGAAGGAAUCCAAAAAGAACAAGAAAAAGAGCAAGAAGAAGAAGAAAUCUCAAUCGAGAGGAGAAUUCGAGACGAUGGAAUUCGGCUCUCGAAAGGAAAAGAGACAAUAUCGACGAGAAAUGAGACAGGCCUGGAGAAACUGGGGCAAUGUUCAAGAAGAGGAACAAGUCCGUGACUCUGGAUUUGAAGUCGAUCAAGCUUCCGCUGGAGACGAUGAUAAUGCUCUUUUCGCUGGAUGGGAUUUUAACUAA